AUGGAAACUGAAACUGGUUCACAAACGGAAAAUGAUGCAAACGAAAAUACGAGCAAAGAGUUGGAAAAAAGUGACGUGCGAAAACAAUUUGAGAAGAAAGUUCGAACUAUUGGUGGAGCAUCUGCAAUUAAACAUUUGAGUAAUGUUUUAGUGAUUACUCUAACUAAUCACUUUGCAAAGCAGAUAACAUGGGACGUUCAGCGUCAAACCGAGGGAAUAAAAAAUGCAACAUUUGCAAACGUUAUUAUUGGAACUAUUAUGAACUCACAUGAGACCAGCUUUAAUGAAUUAACUAAAACAUUAUCUGAAUGGUUAAGAAGAGCCGGAUAUAGAUAUAGAUACCAUAUUAAGUUAGGAAGUGAAACAUAAUUACAUCAAACAAGAAACAUAUGGAAAGAGAGAAUAUAACAUAUAUA